AUGCCUCUCUUCUCCCGCCACGCCGAGCCCGAGCCCGCCCCGGCCCCCGUCCACCACGAACCCGCUCCCAAGCGCCACUCCCUCUUCGGCGGUUCCUCUCGCCACCGCUCCCCCUCCCCCGGUUCCCCCACCUACUCCUCCGCCUCGGACCGCAACCGCUCCACCAGCCGAGAGUCCGGACAUGGAACUCAGCGCAAGGGCAGCCUGUUGUCUCGCACCUUCGGCAACGGCACCUCGACCAGCCACGACGUCGAUCCGUCCAUCGUGCAGGCACGCGAGCGCGUCAUGAUGGCGGAGGCUGCUGAACGCGACGCGGAUCGAGCGCUGAUGGCGGCCAGGGAGAAUGUGAGGCAGGCUAGGGAGCAUAUUAGGGCUCUGGAGCUCGAAGCCCAGGAGGAGGCGAGGAGGGCCAAGAUUAAGCAGUAUCAUGCUAAGGAGGUUAGCAAGAGGGGGAAGCAGUUGGGACGUCACGGCAUUUAA